AUGGGUAAAAGAAAGAAGAGCUCUCGUGGUCCCCAGAAAAAACUGAAACAAGUUCUCCCCACCACAUUCACCUGUCUCUUUUGCAACCACGAGGACUCGGUGGUUUGUGUUAUGGACAAGCGACUAGGAAUUGGAACUCUGAACUGCAAGGUGUGUGGCCAGAAUUUUCAGGCGUCAAUUAAUGCACUUUCGGCACCGAUUGAUGUCUACACAGACUGGUUUGAUGCAUGCGAAGCAGUCGCCGCUAAGAAAGACGAUGCCGGCGAGGACGAUAUCGACAAUUUGUCCGACGCCGACGAAGAUUUUUGA